AUGAACCAUAUAAAGGGUAUCGUCGAGCAGACUUGCAUUGUUAUGCCCAACAGAUUGUUCGACAAACAGAUACACUCAGUUAUUUUCACGCUUUUUACGAUGCGCCUUUCCACCUUUUUCGUCCCAGUCUGGCUCACUGCAGGCAUCGCGCAAGCCAAUCGUGUUGGACCUCGAGACCUGUUUGUGUCUCACUCUGUCAAAACAGCCUGCGCCGAGCUUCAAGACUCUUAUCCCCACAUGACACUAUUCCCGAACACGACUGAAUACGACGACGAGGUAAUCAACACUUGGGAUAAACGGUCAAACUUGAUACCCGCCUGUAUCUUCCGUCCCGCGACCGACAAACAUGUGUCCAAGGCUGUGAGGAUUUUCCACAAAACCAAUGCUCAAUUUGCUGUUCGUGGAGGUGGCCAUUUGCCUUAUCCUGGAUCAAACAGUAUCAACGAUGGAGUUCUCGUCGUGCUCGCUGGCCUGAACAAACAGAAGGUGAAUUGCAAGAAAGGAACCGUUGAAGUCGGCGGCGGCUCCAAAUGGGAGGAUGUCUACGCAGCACUAGCACCCCACGGGCUUUACGUGAACGGCGGUCGACUGAAGACCAUUGGUGUACCUGGACUCACCCUGCUCGGAGGAGUCCACUACUUUCUCAACAAAUACGGUUUUACGAUGGACAGGGUGGUCUGUUAUGAUGUUGUCCUAGGAAAUGGAACCCAAGUACAAGCGACCAAAGAUAAGCAUCCCGACCUCUUCUGGGCGUUAAAAGGCGGCGUGCUGAACUAUGGCAUCGUUACCAAGUUCGAGUUCGAGACCUUCAAGGCCCCUCUCGUUACCAGCACGUUUCAAAUUUUUGAGGACUCUUCGGCACCCAUUUUCAUCAAGGCUGCUUGCGAUAUGGUCCUCUCAGACGAUGGUUCUGUCGGAGCGGGCGCCGUCAUUAACGUCAACUAUAACGUCACGACCAAUAAAGCUACACCUCAAGUCUUUGGUCUCCAAGAAGGGACAACAUCUCCACCUUCGCGGUUUGCCAACUUCACUGCCAUCCCCAAUGCUGUUAGCCGAGUUCAUAAUGUUACGAAGCCGAUCGAUUGGCACUCCAAGAUGGUCACUCCUAACCAGAUGUUCCGACUUAACGAGAUUUACCAGGCAUGGUAUACUGCAAUUGCUGAUAUUGCAGAUGUUCCUGGCCUGCUCCCUACGUUCAUUCUCAACCUUGUCCCUCGAACUGCAGCAUCCGUAGCUAAGACCAACGGGAUCGGCAACACAUUCGGAUUAGAAGAUAAAGAGCCUUAUAUCUGGUGGCAGUUAACCACUUCGUGGGCGCGCCCGGAAGAUGAUCUCCGCGUGACAACCUGGGCUCGAGCAUUUCUCGAGCGUUUCCAUGCCCAAAACACGGAAUUAGGACUUGCUACUGACUUUCUCUAUGGUGGUGAUGUGGCCGAGUAUCAGAAUCCAUUGCUCGAAUAUCCACAGAAAAAUCUGGAUAAGAUGAAGCGCGUCAGGGGUGAUUAUGACCCUGACCUGGUUUUCAGCCGGUUAAAUUGGGGCGGAUUCAAGAUUGAUUUCUAA